AUGUCAACACCAACUACACCUCCGGUUAUUAUCGAUGUUGGUACAGGAUAUACAAAAAUGGGUUACGCAAAUAAUACUCGCCCGAAUUUUAUCAUUCCAACACUCCACGCUGGCAGAGAUUUAUCUAAAGUUACCGCUGCUCAAAUGGUAGGCACAGAAGAUCUCGAUUUCUACAUCGGCGAAGAAGGUAUCGGCAAGACACCAACAUACAACCCAAUCAAUAUCAUGAAACACGGUCAAGUUGAUGAUUGGACAAAGAUGGAACAGUUCUGGGAGCAAUGCCUCUUCAAAUAUCUUCGCUGCGAACCAGAAGAUCAUGCUAUCUUACUUACAGAACCACCACUUAACUCACCAGAUAACCGUGAGUAUACUGCCGAAGUUAUGUUCGAGACAUUCAACGUUCCAUACCUCUACAUCGGUAUGCAGGCUAUGCUUGCUAUCGCCGCUUCAUGGACAAACAAAUCUGCACAUACCCUUACAGGUUGCGUUGUCGACUCUGGUGAUGGUGUUACACACGUUAUCCCAGUCGUUGAAGGCUACCCAAUUUCUAACGCUAUCGUCCACGUUCCAGUUGCCGGCCGUGAAAUGACACAGUUCAUUGCCGACUUCCUUAAGGAUCGUGAGCCACAGGUUCCAGCCGAAGACCGUAUGGAAGCUGCUCGUAACAUCAAGGAGCGUUACUGCCGUGUCGCUAAGCACCCAUCUGCUACAUUCGCUAUGUUCGACGCAGAUCGUGCUAAGUACAUCGAAACAUACACAGGCAUUUCCUCCAAGUCUGGCAAGCCAUACACAUGCGAAGUUGGCUACGAACGUUUCCUUGCUCCAGAAGUUUGGUUCUCACCAGAACUUGUUUCUAAUGAGUACACAACACCAAUCUCCGUUCUUAUCGAUCGCGCUAUUCAGAUGUCUCCAAUUACAGAUCGUAAGAAGUUAUACAACAACAUUGUUCUUUCUGGCGGUUCUACAACAUAUAAGGGUCUCGCUAAGCGUCUCCAGGCUGACGUUCAGGCACUCGUCGAUGCUCGUCUUGAGGACAACGCUAGACGCGCUUCUAAGGCAUCUGGCACAAAGGUUGAAGCAAACAAGAUCCCAGUUAACAUCGUUGAGCACAAGCGCCAGCAGUAUGCAGUUUGGUACGGUGGUGCCAUGCUUGCUUCCACUGGUUCAGCAUUUUACGCUAAGUGCCACUCUAAGGCAAUGUAUGACGAGUACGGUCCAUCUAUCGCUCGUGCCAGCACAAUGUUCGGCGCUAGCGCAGUUUAA